GGACGAUGUCGCCGAGGAGGCGGCGGCGGCGGCAGCGCGCUCUGGCGGUCUGAAGCGGCGGCUGGCUGCCACGGGCCGGCGGCGCGAUGAGCAGGGCGGCCGCCCCCGGCUCGGGGCUGUGAGGGGCUCGGGGCCGGGGGUGGUGGGCGGCGGCGCGGCGGCGCGGGCCAUGCGCGGGGCGGCGCGGCCGGGGCGGCCAGGCCGGGGCCGCGUCCCCGGAGCCCGCGGCCUGAGGUCGCCGCCGCCGUGGCUCCUGCUGGCCCUGCUGCAGCUGCUGCUGCUGCCCGCGCCCGGCGCCGCCGCCGCCCCGGCCCCGUGGCCCCCUGCCCUGCCGCCGGCGGCCGCGGGGCCCAGCGUGAGCCUCUACCUGAGCGAGGACGAGGUGCGCCGGCUCAUCGGUCUUGAUGCAGAACUGUAUUAUGUGAGAAACGACCUUAUUAGUCACUAUGCCCUGUCCUUUAACCUGUUAGUGCCCAGUGAGACAAAGUUCUUGCACUUCACCUGGCAUGCCAAGUCCAAGGUUGAAUAUAAGCUGGGAUUCCAAGUAGACAAUUAUGUGGCUAUGGACAUGCCCCAGGUCAACAUUUCUGUUCAGGGGGAAGUUCCACGUACUUUGUCAGUGUUUCGGGUCGAGCUUUCCUGCACUGGCAAAGUAGAUUCUGAAGUUAUGAUUUUAAUGCAACUCAACUUGACAGUAAAUGCCUCAAAAAACUUCACAGUCUUAAAUUUUAAACGAAGGAAAAUGUGCUACAAAAAACUUGAAGAAGUAAAAACUUCAGCCUUGGACAAAAACACUAGCAGAACUAUUUAUGAUCCUGUACACGCAGCCCCCACCACCUCUACACGCGUGUUUUAUAUCAGUGUAGGGGUUUGCUGCGCAGUGAUAUUUCUUGUAGCAAUAAUAUUGGCUGUUUUGCACCUUCAUAGUAUGAAGAGGAUUGAAUUGGAUGACAGCAUCAGCGCCAGCAGUAGUUCCCAAGGCCUGUCUCAGCCAUCCACCCAGACGACACAGUACCUGAGAGCUGACACACCCAACAAUGCAACUCCCAUCACCAGUUACCCCACGCUGCGGAUAGAGAAGAACGACCUCAGGAGUGUCACUCUUCUGGAAGCCAAAGCCAAGGUGAAGGACAUAGCCAUGUCCAGAGAGAGGGUCACUUUGAGAGAUGUACUCCAAGAAGGUACUUUUGGACGUAUUUUCCAUGGGAUUUUAGUAGAUGAAAAAGAUCCAAAUAAAGAAAAAGAAGCAUUUGUAAAAACAGUUAAAGAUCAAGCUUCUGAAGUGCAGGUGACAAUGAUGCUCACCGAGAGCUGCAAGCUGCGAGGCCUUCAUCACAGAAAUCUACUUCCUAUUACUCACGUGUGUAUAGAAGAAGGAGAAAAGCCCAUGGUGAUACUGCCUUACAUGAACUGGGGGAAUCUCAAAUUGUUUUUAAGGCAGUGCAAAUUAGUAGAGGCCAACAAUCCACAGGCAAUUUCUCAGCAAGAUCUGGUCCACAUGGCUAUUCAGAUUGCCUGUGGAAUGAGCUACCUGGCCAGGAGAGAAGUCAUCCACAAAGACCUGGCUGCCAGGAACUGUGUGAUUGAUGACACACUUCAGGUUAAGAUCACCGACAAUGCCCUCUCCAGAGACCUGUUCCCCAUGGACUAUCACUGCCUGGGGGACAACGAGAACAGGCCAGUUCGCUGGAUGGCCCUGGAAAGUCUCGUUAAUAAUGAGUUUUCUAGUGCCAGUGAUGUGUGGGCUUUCGGAGUGACGCUGUGGGAGCUCAUGACUCUGGGCCAGACGCCCUACGUCGACAUCGACCCCUUUGAGAUGGCCGCCUACCUGAAGGAUGGUUACCGGAUAGCCCAGCCCAUCAACUGCCCCGAUGAACUGUUUGCCGUGAUGGCCUGUUGCUGGGCCUUGGAUCCGGAGGAGAGACCCAAGUUCCAGCAGCUGGUCCAGUGCCUCACAGAGUUCCACGCAGCCCUGGGAGCCUACGUGUGAGCCUUCCAGACCCGCGACCUAAGGAGGACGGUGCCUGCCGGGGUUCCCUGGAGCCACUCAUGGACGCUUCCCAUGGGACACAGUGCUGGCAGGAGCGCCCUUGUCCUCCAGAACACCGUGCCUUUGGGACGCUUCAGAAGCUCAACUUUCUAAGAUAGACUCGAUGUGGAAUAUUUUUAGGUGUCUCUUUUAUUAGGUUGAACUGAAAGGAGUUUUGUAAAUUUUGUGGCCAAAGUUUUUUAAAAAACAUAGUUACUUUGGAUUAGGAAUAUGUUCUUACAAAAUAAACCAUUUAAAAAAUUGA